CAACCAUCGCGCUCCGUUUCUGUUAGCCCGCCUCCCGGCCUGAGUUAGCAGUUUUGGCGGCGGUGCAGAAGAUGGCGGAAAAUUUAAACGGAUGUCACGUGGUGUGCAAGUCAUCCCAGAGUCACCUGCAGUACCUGUGCCGCUUGGAGAGAGUGGCGUGCACAGACCUGGGCAUUAGCAAGAAGAACCUCAAUCACUUUGAAGUGGAGUACCUCUGCGACUACAAGAAAAAGGGGGACCAAGAGUUCUACCUGGUGAAAUGGAAGGGCUACCCGGAGUCCCAGAACACCUGGGAGCCGCGCAGGAACCUCAAGUGCCUGAAGAUCCUCAAGCAGUUCCAUCUGGACCUGGAGCGGGAGCUGCAGCGGCGCAAGCAGCGACGCGGCCUGAAGAAGCUGGACCACAGCCUGGCGCAUUUCAUGCUGCAGAAAGCCAAGCAGAGGCAGCACCUGGGCCGCUGGGAGGCCUCCCUGAACACCACGCGGGAGCACAAGGGGAGGAUCUUCGUCCGGAACGACGUGGACCUCGAAGGGCCCCCCAAGGACUUCACCUACAUCAACAACUACAAAGUGGGCGAGGGGAUCGUGCUGACGGAAGUGGCGGUGGGCUGCGAAUGCCGGGACUGCUUCGAGGAGCCCCUGGAGGGCUGCUGUGCCGGGGCCUCACUCCACAGGUUCGCCUACAACGACAAGGGCCAGGUGAGGCUGAAGGCGGGGCAGCCCGUGUACGAGUGUAACACGCGCUGCCGCUGCGGGCCAGAGUGCCUGAACCGCGUGGUGCAGAAGGGCAUUCAGUACGACAUGAGCAUCUUCAAGACGGACAACGGCCGGGGGUGGGGGGUGCGGACCAUGGAGAAGAUUAGGAAGAACAGCUUCGUCAUGGAGUACGUCGGAGAGAUCAUAACUUCAGAAGAGGCGGAGCGGCGAGGCCAUAUCUACGACCGGCAGGGCGCCACCUACCUGUUUGAUCUGGACUACGUGGAGGACGUGUACACGGUGGACGCUGCUCACCACGGGAACAUCUCGCACUUCGUCAACCACAGCUGCACCCCGAAUCUGCAAGUCUACAACGUGUUCAUUAAUAACAUUGACGAGAGGCUGCCGAGGAUCGCUUUCUUCGCCACCAGAAUGAUCAAAGCUGGGGAAGAGCUGACCUUCGACUACAAGAUGCAAAUUGAUCCAGUGGAUGCUGAAAGCACGAGGAUGGAUUCCAAUUUCGGUCUGGCUGGAAUGACCGGUUCCCCAAAGAAAAGGGUUCAAAUGGAGUGCAAAUGUGGAGUGGAGUCGUGUCGGAAGUAUCUGUUUUAAAACUCUGGGGGGGAGGGGGGGAGGGGUAAACUCCUUUUCAAGACUGGACUAAACUACUAGCCCUGCACCCAGUCCUGUGUUUAGGUUUCGUGAUUUCUUACUGAGCAUUUCCAAAAAUGAAACUGUUCAAUAUUAACUUCUUUCGAACUUCAGUUUGUCAGAAUUCUGUUCUCAUUACAAUACUGAAAAAUAUAUAUAUAUUUGAGUAUUGUACCAUUGUAACCAGUGUUUUGGAUAAGCUUUUCAGAUUAAUCUUUUGUUAUAUGUAUCACAGGCAAGAUCAGGUGUCUGUAUAGCAGUGUGAGCCAUAUCCAGUGCACAAGACUUUGUUCGCAGUAGCUGUUUUCCACAGGGCGCUGGCUGAUCGGGUCCGCGUUACAGGUGUCUAUGAAAAUUUAAUUUUGAAGGUAUUAAUUGUUUUUAAAACUGGUAAUUGGAACGCAGCACUUCUUAGAAGAAAUCACGUUCAGGAGAAGCAAUAACAAGGUCUACGUUAAAAAAGAAAACUAAACAGAAACGCAGGACGGGAGCAUCGAAACUGGAUUUGUCCAGCCUAAAUUGUACAGGUUGUCUUUUCUUUUGUUAUAUUUCUGUGUGUGUGUGUGUGUGUGUGUGUGUGUGUGUUGGGGGGACGGAUGGAUGGACGGACCACACUUGCCUUUGCUUAUUGCUUUUAAAGUAAGGUUGUAGCACAAAUAAAACCAACAAAAUGCUGUAUUUUUAUUUUUAGUUGAAUUUGUAUUAUGUUUAAUAGACCCUUCUGGCUCCGAUAGGCCGCAGUGACUCCCCACGCUUACAUAACAAGCACGGUUUACAUUCGCAUCACCUUAUAUUCUCCCCACAAAGAAAAGAGCUUGAAUUGAAUACUAGUGAGUCAAUUUCUUUAAUUUUAAUCUUUUUAAAGAUGGCUUCCCAUGUACCUGCAUGGGCCACUCAGAACUACAUUUCCCAUCAUCCCCCUGCUCACUGGUAAAUCCAGCUGUUACAUAUGCGAGCAGGAGGACGAUGGGAAAUGUAGUUCUGAGAGGUCCAUGCGGGUACAUGGGAAGCCAUCUUGAGGCAGCGAAUGCGAUUUAAAAGUUUGAAGAAGUGGUCAAAAUGUAAAAAAAAAAUUAAAACUAUACACACACCUUAGGUAAACAGUUGUAGCAACACAUGGGAACAUGUAACACAAUCAAAUAAAAAGGUCCUUAUGUACCCUUUUAAUUCAGGGCAGUGCCGUUCCCUGUCCAGUUCUAGGGUUUAAAUGAGUUUGCAAUGGUUUUAAUAAAAUGUGCGCACCUGCUCUCUGCACCCUCAAUCUGGAGAAUAAUACUCCUAUUGUUGGAAAUGGGAAAAGGCUAAAUUUAAGUAACCAUAAAAACUGGAACUGGUAGCAAAAAAACAGAUUUAACCGUCCAGGAAAGCCUAGGUUAACGUAGCACCUCACCUCUGUCUGGAUACAUUUGUUGGUCCAGCACGCCGCUGAUAGUACCUGUCUGCCUGAAAGUGGGGUGCUCUGUAGAGCGGUCAGUUCCUAAGUUUUGCUGUUCAUAAUUCUGGCGUUCUACAGUAUUGGAAGGAAUAAGAUAUUAUUCCAGAAGUCCAUUGAGGCAGUGUUCACAAGAUGAGUGGUACCUUCCCUUUUUACGCAGCGUUUUAAUUAUAAACAUGUUGCUGACUCUUGAAAUUCUUCUCACACAUUGUGGGGUAGCAAAUCGACUGAGGGGGUACGUGUCUCAAUAUUUAUUCGGGAGCAUUCGCCAGGAGAAAGAGGAUUUCUCAUCGAAGGAUCGCGGUGUAUCGAGAUCACCACGCUGGCGAACGCUCCCUAUUAAAAGUAAUCCCCUAGUCGAUUUACCAGUGAUGUGUGAAUUAAAAAGUAAAAAAAAAAUACCAGAAUAGGGCAUAUGUUGAAAAAGAAAUUUCUGCAGUAUUGCCAACAUGGGUUACAGCAAAGCUAAAGCAAUGAAUUUCUUAUAAACACAGCGGGGGGUUCGGGAAGACUUUCACCUUUUACAAUAAUAAUGACAAACAGCCAUUGUUUCUUUUUUUUUUUGUAAGUUUGCAACAAACUUAUUACAUUUCUGUUUCUAACAUCUCCUGUUAGUUCAAUGGAAUGUGUUUUUAUUUACUGUUAAGUAUUUUUUUAUUAUAAUUUCUGAUUUAUUGGAAAAGUUGUUUAUAUAUAUAUAUAUAUAUAUAUAUAUAUAUAUAUUUAAACUACAGAAAAAGUGGGACACACUCGGCUUAUGUUUCACUGUUCCGCUCAGAGAGAAAUAAAAAGUCGCCUCAAACCAUAAACGAACGAUAUCACAAAACUAACACAAAUAAAGCUGAAAAACCUGCCAGUCUUCAUUCAGUUUUUACAGCAUAAAACUAUAAUUAAACCUUUAAAUUGUAAGCAGCUUCAGAUAUCAUUAAUUGCUUCAUAUUUUUAAUGUUAUCUGUUGCUUGCCCUACAUGGUUCAUUUUUCUCAAUCUGCUUUUAGCUUGUCCGAAGAAUCUUAAGUGCCAGCACUGAGUAUCUGUUCUGUUAAGAAUGAAAACAUCUCCGCUUUUACGGUGGUGCUUUCUCCAGUAGAAAUAAUCUAUCUUCUGCACAACGGUGUGUGUAACCAGGUCACGCUCCCUCGUGCAACACUGCAGGUGCGCUGAUAAAAAUGAAGGGUGUGAUGGAGGAACAGAAAAAACAGCUUUGUGGCAGGAGUGUGAACUGAAUGCACCAUGAUCCUCCUAACGCAGCACGCAGGAAUAUCCCCUGGAAAGUGUCCUGAGGGCUGAUUCUUCAUGGUCAGGUAUUGGGUUUGAGGUUAGGUUUUAGGGCAGGGGGUUGGGUUAGGGUCAGGAUGGGUUGAGUUGCCGAGCUCUGGAAGUGAAAAGCAAAUGUCCUUGAAUCAUGUGAUGCCAUGAGGACACUUUCUAGCAGAUAUUCCUUCACGCUGCUGGUCCUAGAGAUUCUCUGUAUCCCCCCCCCCCAAACUAAUUUAUGAUCUGUUGUGUGAAACAACUUGGGGGGAUUUUUGGUGGUUUGUGUUGUAACUGAAACUCGCUGCCGGUGUUUUGUAAACUUUUUUUUUUUUUAUUUACUUGAAAAUAAAUUCUCAAAAGUGAGUCUUGAAACACUAUUAGUACACCGUUGAUCGCCACACUUCAUCAAACAGCUGUGCUGAAACUGUUGAGAUGAAGUGAAGUAGUGUUUGUGUUAAUGUCGGUGUUUGCUUACUGACCAGGUAUUUCUAAACUGUGUCUUUCUGUGUUUUCUGCUUUUUUUUUCCCAUUGUCGUCUUUUUUAAUUCUUAUUUUAUACAAUAAUAAUAUACAUUUUGUAAAAAUUAUUUUGUAAAUAAAAGUAUGCUAUCCGUGUC